AUGAAUAUGGAGAAAAACGAUGACGAAAACACAUUACCAAAGGCCACUGUAGACAAGAUGGUGUCGUCCAUGCUUCCAAAAAACUCUGUCGUUCCAAAGGAGUCCAAGGAGAUUUUUCAGAAUGCAUGCAUCUACUUCCUCAACAUGUUGACUCUGGAAGCAAACAAAGCCUGUGAGGAAGAGAAGAAAAAGACAAUAAGCUAUGAACACGUCUACAAGGCAUUGAAGAACCUCGGGUUCGAGAGCUAUGUCGAGAGCUGCAUGAAGGAACACGAGAACUAUGAGAGCUACAUCAAACAGAAGCCAUCCAAGAUCGACAAGUUCAAGGACUCAGGCCUAACCAUGGAAGAGCUUCACAGCCAGCAGAUCAAGCUCUUUCAAAACGCAAAGCUCCAGUUCGAAAGGUCCUUUGAGGACGACCACUAUGGAGAUAACGACGGAUGA